ACGAGGGCGGCGGGGGCCAGGAGAGGAGAGGAGGCUCAGGCAGGCGUAUAUUGGCCGCGUCGUGCAGCUAGAGCCGGCUAUUGUGACAGCUGCAGUCCAGUCGAACACCAUCACCGGGCGGACGCGACGCGAGCAGGCGAGCAGAGCACAGCGUCCUCUUCCGCUCCGACAACGCACUCCUCAUCCUCCUCCGCAGGAUCAUGACGGCGACUCUCUACGCCCUGGGGCUGGCCGCCCUGCUGGGGCUCGCCGCCGUGCUGCCCGUGACCCUGGCUGCCGACAUCGAGACCUGUGACGGCGAACAAGGCAAUGACCUGGCUGACUUCAUCAAGGCAGAAGUUUCCGACUGCUCAGAAGACACACCGAAAUGCCCCCUCAUCAGAGGAAAGAAUGUUACCCUCACACUUACGUUUAAAACAAAGAAAGAUAUUAAGGAAGUGCGGCACAUUGUGCAUGGUACAGUAGCAGGUGUACCUGUUCCAUUCCCCUUGGCUACUCCAGAUGCCUGCCAAAAUACAGGUCUUUCAUGCCCUCUGUCAGUGGGGGAGCACACCUAUAAAUACGCCUUAUUUGUCAAGCCAGUAUACCCUAAGCUAAAAGUACAAGUGAAAUGGGAACUGAAGAAUGAGGAAAACAAGAAUAUUGUCUGCAUCAUCAUUCCAUCAGAACUAAAGGAUGCAAUUAAAGAUGCAAAAUAGAAUUUUUGGUGAGAGAAAAUACAAAUUUAAUUGUACAAUUGCUUUUCUUUUAGACUUUUAGAAUUAAUAAACCAAACUGUAAUAUUAACAAAAAAACAAA